AUGCUACAUUCGCUAACGCUGCGUGAGUCUCAAACUUACUUUUGUGUACCUUUUUACAGUAAUCAUCGCUCUGUUAAUUCCACUUGCACAUCUCAGCAAGCAUGCUAACCAACUUUACGAAGAUCUCUUAUACAGCUACAACAAAAGUGUUAGACCAGUUAGCAACACAAGUCAACCUGUCAUGGUGCAAUUUGGAGCAUCGCUGAUCAGAAUAAUUGACGUAGUAAGUCCGCCUUUACCGAGCUUGGACGAAAAAGCCAGAACGAACUGA